UCAGCUCGAUAUGACCAUUUUGAAAAACCAGUAUGGGUCACCCCAUAAGGUCCCUCAAGAUGAAAAAUCUCCCAACUUAAAUUCAUUUUUUUCUAUUAGAAGUCAUUAGCUACCUCUGUACUAAAUUUCAGCUUUCUACGACAAUUUUGAAUUUCAAAAUUUUAUCCCACCUACUCACAUGACCCCCACCGGUCAACCACUUGACCGAUUUCGCCCAUCUUCGAACUCGUUUUCUAACUUGUCCAAUAUGUACAUACAUGGUAAAAAUUUCAAGUCAAUCGGUCAGCUCGUUAGAGAGUUAUAGAAAGACAGACGGACGGACGGACAUGACGGUUCCAUAAGCCCUUCCUCGGGCUAAUAAAAAUGAAAAUUUAUUUUGUAACUCGGCCAUUUGUCGUAACCUUAUAGACUGAUAAAGUGUCAAAUAAUUUUGAUCUUUAACAACCCUGUGUUUAAUUGUUGUCAAGUUAAAAUAAAUAAACAUCAAGUAAAAUAAAAUGAGGCUUUAUUCAAAAUAUCAUUUUAAAAUGUUCAAGCCGAUUGCAUAUUUUCACACUUUGGCACUUUUCACACUUUUAAUCUUCAAAUUCUACAACAAGAAUGUCUAAAAAGGUGAUUGUGAAGCAGGAUGUUGAAAAAAUUGCUAUCGACAGUGGUCGUGGGGUUCCACGAGCUGUGUUGAUCGCAACAGCUAAAGCAGCCGCUUCCAGGUUAAAGGUUGAAUCGUCCGUGGGAUCAUCAAAAACAUCCUCAAAAUUCCAGGAACUUCUCGAUGAGCCAUUUCAAGCAUUCAGCGUGGCGGAGACUCGUGCAGCCCCACAAGUGUCAGAGUUUUCCAUGCUAUUGAACCUGGAUGAGUAUGAUUUUCCCGACGAUGAAGCAAUUGAUCCACAACAUCUCGAGGUAAAUUUGGAUGUAACUGCACUGGACAGAUACAACGAGGACGUUCGGAAAUAUAGACAUAUUCUGUUGGAAGCAUGCCGAUUGCUGCCUUUCACUGGGGAUAUCAAUCGUCAACUACUGGAAAGGGUUCGAAUAACAGCAUCCAGUUUGUGCCGCAGUUGUUAUUAUGGAACUCCGAAAGCCCAAAAUCUUGCGGAGGGAUCAGUGCUUAUUUUAAUCUGGUUAUUGAAUCGUCGAAAUGUUCCCAUUAUGUUUCACAUGAGAAUACUUCAAAGCGUGGCAGAAAUGGUUUGGUCAUCAACUACGCUAAAAAGAGCAUUGGCCAGCGGUCAUGGAAUAAGAGUAAUAAUUCGGCUUCUCAGGUCCGGAAUUUUGCACCAUGCUGAUUUGGGCUGUUGGGCAACGUAUGCUUUGCUGGCAGCAUCUGUUGGAUGUGGAGAAGUUAUCGAAAUGGCUCAAGAUUUCCCCAACAUGGACGAAUACAUAGGAGAAAUUGCGUUUCCUUAUUUUUGGAGAGAAUGGCCUGCAAACUUUGGGGUCAUUUUGCAAGGUGUGCUCUUUGGACCGCAUUCUGUUACACCCCUUGAGGACGAAUUUGGGUUUUUAUAAAUAAGCUAAUAUGACACGCAUUCUAUUUGCAGUCAUUUUAAUUUAACGAAAAACCAAUUCAUGUGACUAAUAAGCUUAAGAAAUAAAUUCAAAAACUUCUUUCAUCGUAAAUUUGAUUAACUUGAAGGAGAAUUUAGUUUGUGAGCAUUGGUCUCCAAUUCCUAUGCUAAAUAUUAUGGAUAUGGUUUUUCAAGGAUAAAAUAUUCCCACGCUCACUGAUCCUCCCAAUCCAACCAUAAUUAUUAAGUUCAGCUUAA